CGGUUUGGUGGCGGUGCGACAAUAUUUGAAGAUAUCUUGCAUUUGCCUAUUUGAAAUCAAAGUAGCCUAUAUUUUUUAUAAAAUACAUUAUUUGUCAUAAGUAAAUAUCAAAUCUCAGGCGUUUCCCCAAAAUUUCGUCCAAAAUUUUUCGUGCACCGCAACCCAAAUGGCGUUUGCUACCCAGAGAGCGUUUUUAAAUGUUCCGUAUCGCAACGAAGAACCUCCCGUACCGGACAGGAAACGUAGCGACUGUCAGCUGAAAUCCUAUGAAUCAUGUUCCGAUGCCCGGGCGUGGUCUCUGGAUCCCUCCGUUUGUUCAAAAUUUCUCUUGGACGUUGUCCGGAAAUCGCGCUUUCAGAGGAAAUUGUCUCGGCCAAGUGGCGACUAUCAGUUGACGAGGGCGUACCUUCAACAGCUAACAACCGACGAGCUGAUCGAUUACGUGAUGAGUCUCAUGAUGGAGCUGAAGCAAAUCAAGUCUCAAGUACAGCAAAUCGAAGCCGAACGGAACGAUCUCGGUGAACAGCUGAUGUCGUUGCAGCAGAUGGCCGAAACGUGCGAACAGGAGAAGGAAGAACUGAUCCUCGUUCAGCAGCGUUCGGCCGUAUUCGAUCCGGACCAGAUGGAUCAAGAUAUGAUCGAUUUGAGGAACUUGCUUCUAGCACUGAAGGAGAAAGCCGAUAAGUACGACUGCUUGGAGAAGGAGAACAAGUGUCUGAAGCUGAAGCUGGACGAGUUCUGUGGAGAGAACACGAUCAAACGGAACGCUAGCUUCGACGAAGGCGCUUGUGGUGACUCGGUUCCACUGGCAUGCGAGAAGCUGAAAGCCGAGCUCGGACAUUACAAGCAAUCGUAUGAGGAGAUGAAGGUACAGAAACGGGCUUUGAUGGAACAACUUCAGUUGACCAAGUUGAGAGAAUGUAGAUAUUGGGAAAUGAAGAACCGACUGGCAGAGGAAGAGUGCAAACGAGCGUGUUUGCAGACACGUAUUGAUGACUUAUUGAUUGAAAGAGACUGUCAAGCACUCGAUUUGACCAGAAAAGAAGAAUAUAUAUCCCUGUGCAACAGGCGGUUGGAGCAUGUGGAGUCAGGCCCUAAACGACCUUCAAGUGCACCUACAGGGCAACGAACCAUUCAGCGUCAAAGCCUUCGGAGGGUUUCCAGGCGAUCAACGCUCCAGGAAGGGCCCAGUAGAAAUGGUAGCUUUGAAGAGUCAUUUUAGUAGUGGCUAAACUCAAUUUGUAGUGUUUCAAAAAAUGGAACAUAAAUUUAAGUUAGUCAUCUGCUUCUUACUCUAUCUGCAACCAUGUUCUUUAUUUUGAUGCUCUGUUGAUAAGAGGAUACAUACAUUUUAUAUUUAUUACACUUG